AUGAAUUUGCUAUGUUUCUCUUCGAAUGAUAAGGAUCAAGAAAUGUCGGCUCAAGAGGACUUCCUGAAGCGUCUGGAGAAUGUAACUAUCCGUCUCGAAGCAAUUUCCGGACAAAAACCUGCGCUCGCACCGAAACCAACCAACUUGGGAGCAUCGAGUGAACCGUCAAUCCCUCCUUCUUCUCCUCAUCGCAAAGUGUUUUACAGCAAAAGAGAGUCGUUUUUCUGUUCAUCCUGGGGACUUGCCUCUCAACUUGCAUGCUCUUCGCCUCUUCCCGUCGCCGAUGGAUGA